AUGUUUGUUCGCCUCUUGUCCAUCACAUCUCUCUUCAUUCUCGCAAUCGCCAAUCCCCUUGUUCACCGCGGAGACAGCCAGUGCGACACUGGCAACAUCCAGUGCUGUCAACAGACUCAGACAGUCGAUGAGUACAAUAAGAACGCGACGGCACAUGGAAGGGUUCCCAUUGACAUCGACAUCCUCGGUCGUGUCGGUCUUGGCUGCUCCCCAAUCACUAUUGUCGGCGCUGGUGCUGGCGCGACCUGUUCUCAGGAACCACUCUGCUGCAGUGACAAUCAAUACUACGGGCUCAUCAACAUCGGCUGCACGCCCAUCAACAUCUACAUCAAUUGA